CCACUGCUCUCUCCCCUCUCCUCACACCACCCCCUCAUCCCUUCCUUUUCCUGCUCUUAGCUCCGAGCUUGUUAACAAUGGAGGCUAGAAGAGGAGGACAGGUCCUCAUGAUAUCUUUCUUGUUAACGGUGUUAUUCUCCCAGAGCCAUGAGAGGGAGUUUGCCGAUCAAAAGACCUACUACCCUCCUGAUCCCCAUUCUCUUAGCCGCCCUCCUCAUUCCGUUCGCCCUCCCAAGCAUCACCACAGGACUCCAGCUUGCCCUCCUCCACCCCAAGGUGGGAGUGGAUGCGGAUGUACACCAUCUCACGGAGGAGGUUCAGGCUCCAGCCCUGCAACGCACCCACCAUCACCCAGUGGUGGUGGUGGUGGUUACUACGGAAACCCUCCUCCUUCGCCUAUAGUGGAGCCCAUCAGCCCUCCGACUCCAACGAUUGUUCCGACUCCAGACACUCCGUCAAUCUUGACACCGCCUUCACCUCCCUUGGUUCCUUCACCUCCUUUCAUUCCCGUGGAUCCUAACACUCCGCCGCUUACCCCAAGCACUCCUCCAGUGGAUCCUAAUAGUCCCCCAUUCACCCCAGGAGGCACCCCAGGCACUUGCAUUUUCUGGAGUUCGAACCCGACCUUAAUAUGGGGGAUCUUUGGAUACUGGGCAACAGUAGGCGGCCUCUUUGGUCCUGUAACCACUCUACCAUUCAGUAGCAACCUUAGCGUGCAAGAGGCUCUGGCUAACACUCGCAAUGAUGGGUACGGUGCGCUUUACCGAGAAGCUACAGCUUCGUACCUCAACUCGUUGGUUAACAAGAACUUUCCGUUCACUACACCGGAAGUGAGACAUGGCUUUGUUUCUUCGAUGGUCUCUGAGAAGGCUGCAGCGAACCAGGCUCGCGUGUUCAAGCUCGCUAAUGAGGGGAGAUUCAAGAAGCACUAGAUGAUGAUUGAUGAAUGUUCGAUUAGGUGAUGUUUAUGUUAGGUUUUCAGUUGUUGUAGCUCGUUAAGGGGUCUAGUUUGUGUUUUAGGUUGGUUUUGCUGUUUCAGUUAUUUGUCAAAACUAGAAAGUAGUGUGAUUGUUGUCUGUGUGACUGGGUGUUUUUCUAAGAUUUUUGGAUAUUCAGAAAAUGUGUGCUAAUGUCUGGAUCAAA